UGGUGACAGCCUGUCGUCCUGUGUGUUCGCUUAAAAAGUUGAAAAAGAAAGUUUUAAAUAUACGCUCCAUAUUUGUACAACAUUGACGAUUUGCAAGAAACCGUUCCGGCGACGAUCGUUUUCACACUGCGCGAACUGUAGCUGCUAACUGUAAACGCAUUUCUUGCUGGUAGCACGUUUUAAGAACACCAUAUACAUUGGUACUUAUUGGCAUGGCAUAAUAGCAGCGGCUGCCACUGACUGCCAUUCAUUCAAACGUGAGGCAUCCCGUUAGGCGAACUUCACUUUCCUUGCAGCGCGCUAUGCGAAAGGCGACAUAAAAAUACCCAAAUCUGACGUAAUUUUCGGUGGGAAAUUAAAACAAAAUGGCACACAAGUUCGUGUUCUUUUUGACAGUUUUACUUUUAAUUUCUUCGUGUGAAAUGAAGAGAAGAAAGGACGGCAUUCCGACGGAGAAACAGUUGGAGUUGCAGAGGAAGGAGACCACUCCUGUUGAUUUCACGAGACUUGUUGUGAUGAGAGUGGUGUAUGGUUUCGCUAAAGUGCUCGGAUUUGAAGAACCAAUUAGUGAAGUAUUGAACGGUGCUUUCGUUCCUCCGGGCGCUGAUGAUGAUGAUGACUUUGAUGACGAAGGUGACGAUAUAUUUGACUAUUAAUAUGUUUUAGACAAAAAAUUUAAUUACUUAUUUCAUAAAAUUGACACCAAAAACAAUAAUGCAUUUAUUAAUAUUUAAGUACUUUUUAAAGUAGAGGAGCAUUUUAAUA